AAUAUCCGCGGUCAAACUGAUUGGCUAGUUACAAACGCUAAAGUUAAGCAGUGCUGUUUAAAUCUAAUUCAUAGAUUCUUGCUAGCAUCUGCAUAAAUAUAAUGUCGUCUUUGGAAUAUUCUUCCGCCAGAUAUGACGAGCUACCGUUAGAGAUUGUUUUGAAAAUAUUUGGCUACCUGGACUACUCAGACCUUCUGGCGGCUGGAUCGACGUGCCAUCUGUGGCACUCGGCGUUGGAUCAGACCGAGUUUAAAGCGCGCACCCGUGUCUGUUUCUCAAAAGUAGUGCUCUCGGAUCAGCAGAGUCCAGCAGUUGAUUUGAUGCGAUGCGACAGACGUUUCAACCACUUUAUGCUCGAAGAUGUGACCCUUGGCCAGGCACCUGAGCUGCUCAGGUUCCUAGGUCAAACGGCCCAGUCGCUGGCCCUGGAUAAUGUUGAUUUGAACGACAAGCAGUUCUAUGGCAUGUUGGGUGUGCUGCCGCAUCUCCAUUCCCUUUCCCUUAAGCGCUGCCUGCCGUUGUUCAUGUCUGGCUCCUUCCUCGAAAACGGCACCAAUUCCAGCUCAAUUCUCAACGAAUUGGCAACUAACUUGUCGGGCAUGAGAGAGCUGUCGCUAUGUGAUAACCAAUAUCUCACCGACGCCAUCCUAAUGAGACUGACGUCGUUCAUGCCUCGCCUCGAGGUGAUCAAUAUGGCUGGCUGUCAAAUCGCCUUCCAUAACGCGCUGCAACUUCGCUUCUACCCCAACGCAAGCCAGUCCGACAGUGUGAUGCUCAGCGAAUUAUUGCUUACAUUCACCUUUAUUCUGACCAUGCUGAGCCUGAAGCAAAGAACUCUACGAGAGUUAAACUUCAGCCAUACCCUUAUCGGGCAAUCUCUGUUGCCGCUGGGCCAACUGAAUCUAAAGUUGCAACGCCUCUAUUUGGCCGGUUGCAGGCAGCUAAAUGCCACGACGAUAAGAACCUUCCUCGCCACUCAGCCGCUUUUGACUGCUUUGGACUUGUCAGGGACCACGUGCGUGACCGAUGAAAACUUGGCCUGCAUUGCCGAGACCAACUCGCAGCUAGAGAAUUUGAAGAUUAACUGCUGCACGAGAGUCACCAACGUUGGAGCGAUCCAUCUGCACAAGCUGCGUCGCCUGAAAAGCCUCGACAUCUCCAACUGUGAUGGCAUAACCAGCGAUGGCAUCACCGCGGGCGUGGCAGCCGAGGAAAACAGUAUAAUGCUGGAGCUAAAUGUGUCCCACUUGCAAAUCUGCGAAGAGUGCGUCAAGUCCAUUGCAAGCAAUUUGCGCUCCCUGCGCUCGCUCCAUCUGAACAACUGUGUCAAUGGAGUCACGGAUGAGGCCAUACAGUUCGUAAUUGGUCAGCUGCGUUGGCUGCGCGACCUGUCCCUGGAACACUGCUCCGGCUUGACAGAUGCUGGCCUCACUGGCUUGAACAUAUCGAAGCUGGAGCAGAGUCGCAAGCAACUGGGCCCUCAGGCGUCUACGAUGGAGAACUUCUACCCGCCGUAUAGCCACAGCUUGGGGGAGCGGGACGGCUCGCUGCAGUCUGUCAAAAUAUCGCUGAGGAGCAAAGCAGAGGACGAGAUUGUGCGUGACGCUAGGCGCAAGCAGGUCAUGCUGGCCGCCUACGAAAUGAAACUGAUACACAAGGAGGACUUCCAGGGGCACAACAUUCAGCAGCUGCGUGGUCUACGCACCCUCAACUUGCGUGGAUGCAACAAGAUCAGCGAUGUCUCCCUAAAGUACGGACUGAAGCACAUCGAGCUACGGCGAUUAAUGCUCUCGAAUUGUCAGCAAAUCUCCUUGCUGGGCAUGGAGGCUCUAGUCAAUAGCUGCCCCUCCAUUGAGGAGCUGGAUCUGUCCGAUUGCUACAACAUCACAGACAAGACCAUGCAGGUGGUCACAGCCAACCUGCCCCGCCUGCGAGCCCUGCACAUCAGUGGCUGCAGCCAGCUGACGAAGCACACUCUCGACGCGAUCAUCGUGAACUGCACUGGUCUGCAGACGCUGUCCGUCUACCGAUGUCGCAGCAUGUACGCGGACAUCGAGGAGCGCUUGUCCGGCAUACGCACGCUGCGUAACCUCAAUAUGGACAAUAUGACGAGCAUCGACAAUGCCGAGUUCUUUCGCUUAAAGAAGCGUCUCGAUUACUGAUAUUUUGCCGCUGUUUUAAUUGUUUUGGUAUUGUAUUAUUUUCAGUUGUACAACUUUCGCUAGUCACAUGUCCCGUCACAUAACACACGUCUUUUGUGGAGAAAGACCUCUCAUACAUAAAAUAUUUAGCAAAAUAUAUAUAU